CAAAUAUCUCAAGACAGAUGGGGCACGUUAACUCUUCAAUUAAACCGUCCAUCUCACUCUCAGACGCCAUGGUGCCGAUCUGUUCUUCAGACAUACUGGCUCGACCCAAUAAUUUCCAGGAGCAUCAGAAACCGUUUCAUUGCAGCACGCACUACAAGUGACUUGAGAUUUUUAAGGACAGUAGCACAGAAGACUCACCUUUAGAAAAUGGCUGCUGCUCCACCUCUUGGUAGACUCUUCAGUGAGGUCACCUGCUCCAUCUGUUUGGACUUCUUCCAGGAGCCGGUCACUCUGGAAUGUGAGCACAAUUUCUGCCGGCUGUGCAUCUCACGGAGCUGGGAGCAGGGCGAAGCCUUCUACUCCUGCCCCGAGUGCAGGAAAGUGUUCAGGGAGAGGAGGCUGAAACCCAACCGGCUGUUGGCCAACAUCGUGGAAGGCGUGAAGGAGCUGAAGCCGGAGCCCCGCUGGGGGAACCCCACCUUCUACUGUCAGAGGCACGAGGAGAAACACAAGCUCUUCUGUCUAGGGUGCCAGGGCCUCCUCUGUGUGGUCUGCUCAUGCUCCAGUGAACACAGGGGUCACAGAGUCAUCCCCAUCGAGGAGGCUUCUGUCCUGUACAGAGAAAAGCUGGAAAAAGCCAAGGAUUUUCUCCAUGCCCAAAGGGAGCAGGCAGGUCAAUGUCAAAGCCAGCAAGAAGCAAAGAUAUCCAAAAUCAAGGAGGAAGGUGAAUUGCUGAAGGAGCAGGUUAAGGCUGAUCUAGCCAGCAUCUAUCAGUUCCUCGAUAAGAAGAAGCAGGAGCUUGAGGCAAAGAUCGACGAAGAGGUCUGCAAGACAGUUCGGCCCUUGCAAGAGGACCUGGUGAAGGUCUGCCAGGGUGCCUCCAGGAUCGAGCAAGCAUAUCAAGAUAUGCAGGUACAACUGAGCUUCAAAGAGCCGCAAGAGCUGCUUCAGGAUAUCAAGCAGCUGUUGGACAGGUGCAAGCAGAAUCAGAUCACACCAGCAGACGUUCCCACUGACCUCCACAUUGACUCCAUCAUCACACCUUUCCGCUAUGUUAAGAUCUGGGAUGAAAUUAAAACACUUGUGCCGGCCCGAGAGUCCCUGAAGCUGGAUGCCAGGACUGCGCACCCUCGGCUCAUCCUCACUGAGAACUUCUGCAGCGUGGUGGAUGGUGGGAGUCGGCGGGAGUGCACACUGGGCCCACAGCGCUUCGACCACUGGCUGUGCGUGCUGGCCACCAGCAGCUUCCAGUCGGGGAGGCACUACUGGGAUGUAGAGCUGGGGGGAAACAACUCCUGCGUCCUCGGGGUGGCCAGCGAGUCAGCCAACCGGCUGGUCACUGGCCCGCUCAUGCCACAGGAGGGCUACUGGGUGCUAGAGUUGACCAGAGGGAGCUUAGUCAACCUGGACGGGCCAGGUGCCCGCAGUCUCCCCCUUCGCCAUCAGCCACGUGCCAUCCGGGUUUACCUGGACUACGAGGAAGGUCAGCUUUCCUUCUACGAUGCCGACAGCCUGUGCCACCUCUACACCUUGCGGGACAGGUUCACACAGAAACUUUUUCCACUCUUCAACCCCCACAACAAGAAGGAAGGCAGCUGCGAGCCACUCAGGCUGCGUAACCAUGUUCCGUGCUACAACGAAAGUAAAAGCAACAAUUCCCCGAUCCCGGAGUCGGACGUAGAAAUGGCGAAUUUGGACGUGCUGAAGUCGAUGCAAGAUGAAGCGAUUUGUCCUAUAUGUCUGGAGUACUUCGCUGAGCCGGUGACAGUAGACUGCGGUCACAACUUUUGCCGGGCCUGCAUCUUAGGGCACUGGGGAUCCAACAGAGGGCCGGCCUCUUGCCCCCAAUGCCGGGCUCAGCUGCCCCAGAAAACACUCAGACCGAACCGGUUCGUGUCCAAUAUCGUGGAAAACGUCAUGAAGCUGAAGCUAGAGGAGGUGUCGGCACAGCCGGAGCUCCGUUGCCAGGAGCACGACGAAAGGCUGAAGCUGUACUGCAGUGAUGACCAGAAGCUGAUCUGCGUGGUGUGCGUGACCUCCAGAAAUCACCAGGGUCACCACACCGGUCCCGUUGGCGAGAUCGCCGAACACUACAAGGGAAUUCUGCGGAAGGAGAUAGAUUUACUCAAUGAACAAUUACAGGAGAUUUGUAGAAGUCUGGAUGAAGAAGAAACAGACGUAAAUAAUCUGAAGAAACAAUCUGUGAAACUGCAGCAGAACAUUACGUCCAAGUUCGAGCAACUGCACGAGUUUCUGCAUCAGGAGGAAAAGAGCUUAAAGACAAAAUUGGAGCAAAAGGCGAACACCAUAUUGGAACAAAAGAAGGAAAACUUGAAGAGAAUCUCUGAACAGCACAGUUCCUUUAAACGAGCAGUUUCAGAUAUGCAAGGAAAACUGAGUCUGGAAGAUGCAGAAUUUUUGCAGGAUCUUAAAUCCACUCUUGGCAGGUGUUCUGAUCUGCAGUUCAAAAAACCCCAGAGAGUUUCUGUUGACCUCUGCCAAGGUGAUUUCAGUGGCCCUAUUCAAUACAGCAUGUGGAAGCGGAUGCUAAAGGUGAUUAAUCCAGUUCCAUUUGCUCUGAAGCUGAAUCCCAAUACUGCGCAUCCAAAACUUGUCCUUUCCAGCGACCAGACAGCCAUGAGACUCGGUGAUAAGCAGAAGGUCCCUGACAAAGCAGAGCGAUUCACAAAUUGGCAUAGUGUUUUGGCUCAGCAGAGCUUCACAACAGGGAGGCACUACUGGGAACUGGAGGUGGGAAAGAACAGCAUGUGGAGCGUGGGCGUGGUGAAGGAGUCUGUGCCAAGGAAGAAGGAAUUCUCACCUGAGCCUAAAGCUGGAGUCUGGGCCUUGUGGCGCCUGGGAGAGGAAUACACCACUAUGAUUUCACCUCGUACUGCACUCCCUGUGAAAGUAAAGCCCAGUAGGCUGGGAGUUUAUCUGGACUAUGAAGCAGGCCAACUAUCACUGUACAAUGCUGAUGACAUGUCACAUCUGUACACUUUCAAGGACAAGUUCACUGAGAAACUCUACCCUUUCUUCUUAACAGGUUGUAAUAUUGAUCCAUUGCAAAUAUUCAACUUAAACAUUUAGGUUUAUUUAGCUUUUACAGGGAGUCACUUGAAACUGAUCCACCUCCGAGGAUAAGCAAUGUUUCAGUGUUGAACAGAUUCCCACAUUGUGAGCUAGUGUAAGCAAUAUUAAUUACAUUAUUAGAUGCCAAGAUCCUUAUCUGUUGAAAUCCAUGUCUCAAAUCUCUCUAUUGUGUUUUUCUAACAUGUAUCGGAUCAAUUAACAUUAAGUAUUUGAUCCAACUUCAUUUACUUCUAUUUUUCCAACUUAAAUGUGUAUUAAAUGCUAAAAGUUCGCACACUGGUCAGACAGACUGAUUUUCAAUGCUUUGUUCCUAAACACUCUGCAAUUGGCAAUGGAGUGUGCAACCAUCCUUUAGCAUAAUGUGUUAUGUGGUAUGUGUAGCUAUUCUGUAACCUAUGACUUCCUGGUUAUAAACCAGGACUGUAACAUCCUUUCAAACAGUGAUUUCAUAGGUGUUUUGGAAUGCUAAACCAGUGAGGGGAUAGGAAGGGGCCUCAGUGUCUCAGUAUUUUUUGCUUUUUUCAGAUUUCCAGCAUUUGAAGAGGUUUUUUUUGUAAUUUUAGUUUGCCCAUGAUUUUGUCUUUUUAAUUACAUACCCAACCUGCUCUUGGUGAAUUUUGUACACAUAUCCUUAUACCUUCCUGUUUAUCUGCUCCGGUUAGAAUUAUUCUUUAUUUGAUAUUGCCUCACUCUAUUCACCUUGCAGUAAUAUAACACAUUACAUUCUGUAUGCUAUGUUCCAUAUAUAUUGAAUAAUCCUGAUGAAGGGUCUAUGCCCAAAACGUCCUCUGUACUCCUUUCCAUAGAUGCUGCCUGGCGUGCUGCGUUCCUCUAACAUUUUGUGUGCGUUGCGUGCAUUUCCAGCAUCUGCAAAUUUUCUCUUGUUUGUAAUCCUUCUCUCCCUGUCUAUUGGUGUUCUUGAUGGGUUACUAUCCUCCUCAGAUUUCGCCACACUGCCACUUUUGUAUCAUCUUCAAAUAUAGAAAUUGUAUCAGACACACCAACAUCCAAGUCAUUAAAUAAAAUAAGAAAGCACUGAUCCUAGUGUAGAUUCUCUAGGUAACUUCAUUCUAAAAAGUCUUGAAUACUUGGUAUUGUGUUACCAAGCCAAUUUUCUAUCCAUAUUGCAACUGCUUCCUUAAUUUCAGAGCUUUGAAUAUUGAUGGCAGACUUGUGUGCCUUAUUUAGUGGCUUUCAGAAGCCCAAAAGUUCCAAAUCCAAAGCAUUUCUUCAUUGACUCUCUCUGUCACGCCACUUGUUAUUCCAAAGGUUUAGAAGGAAGGUGACCAGUUCUUCUGCAAAGUUGACUGGCUUGACUCAGCAUGCCAUCCAGAGCUGGUUGCCUUGUUGCCUCAAGCACUGUUGGAUGUACUUCGUUAGAGAAGUAGGUCUUUUCGAGAAUGCUAACCCUAUGCACCAGCACCUAAUAGUCUUCUUUGGAAACUAGGUUUGUUGAUGAUUUGAGUAUGUAAACAGUCAUUUGAUUAUGCUUCACUUUAAUUUUGUACACUAGAAAUGCCUUGAAUGUAUCUUAAGAAAUGUUGGGAUACAGGAUGAAUUUCAGCAAAUGUUUCAAGAGUUUGGGACAUCUAGUUGAAGAUUGCAGUCUAACAGUGAAUGAUCAUUUCAGUCACUUUUCUUGUUAUUGCAAGACCCCGUUGUAUAUUGGUGUUGUGGAACGCUGUAAGUCCAAUUCAUUGGUUUAUUGGCGAGUGGCGGGGGAGCGAUGUGGCCUCAAUCAUAGCAAGGUCUAAGCCACAAGCCACAGUGCAGCCUGUUUGCAGCUACCCAGGGAAAGGCAAAGGAGUUGAGUGCUGCACUAGAGUGCUGCAGGCAGUGUGGCGUGGUAUCCAUCCUGGAGUUCAUGAUACCCUGCAACCCACAGUAUUCACUCAGCAGAAGGCUGCGGACAGCUGCAUCAUUCAUGGACUCUGGGACUUCGACUAUAUUUCUUUGUGUGACUGUAUUUUACUACUAUCUUAUAUGUGCCUUCUGCUGUGUAUGACUGUUAGUACUGUGUUUUACACCUUGGCCCCAGAAGUAACCCUGUUUGGCUGUAUUCAUGUGUGGUUGAAUGACAAUAAACUUGAACUUGAACUGGAUAUAGCAGCCAAUGUAUAAUAUCACUGAUGUAAUAUUAAAUGAAUAUAGUCAUGUAACCCAGGGAAUGAGGAUAAAGUACAGUCAGCUGGAUGGGAUGGGGACUGGGCAUGAUAAAAUAUAUAAAAUGUUCGAGUGUAGUCAGUGUGACCUCUGCAUGUAGGUGUUAAUCAAAUAAAUUUAUGC